CGGCCAGUGCAGCAGCUCGCGCAGGCUGAAGCAGAGAAAGAGGAGCUCCAGUUGGAGUUGGAGCGCAACGGGAGAGACCCGUGGCCCUUGCAGUCUGUAAAAAAGGCUGCCUUGCACUUGCCUGGAUGAACCCGACCUGGUCCUACACUCAGCGCAGCAGCCCGUCAUGGGGGACGGUGGCGCGUCCUCGCAGGUGAACCUCCAGAAUGGCUCCGGCAGCGGCGCUUCGGACGCACCAGGCGCCGCUGCGACCGCGUCCGAGCAGUGGAUGGCUGGGAUGAGCCUGGUUAUGGGUUUGAUCGUCCUGUUCAUUGUUCUUGGGAAUAUUCUAGUGAUCGUAGCCAUAGCCAGGACGCAGAGGCUGCAGACGCUCACUAAUGUGUUCAUCGUGUCUCUGGCCAGCGCGGACCUCAUCAUGGGGCUGCUUGUGGUGCCGUUUGGCGCCGCUCUCGAGGUGCGCGGCUCGUGGCAGUACGGCUCCUUUUUCUGCGAGUUCUGGAUUUCAGUGGACGUCCUCUGCGUCACAGCCAGCAUCGAGACCCUGUGCGUUAUCGCCAUAGACAGAUACGUGGCCAUCACCUCGCCGUUCCGCUACCAAAGCUUGUUAACCAAAGCUCGCGCAAAAGCGGUGGUGUGCAUCGUGUGGGCCAUCUCUGCGCUCGUGUCCUUUCUCCCAAUCCUCAUGCACUGGUCCCGGGACAGCUUGGACACUGCUUGCUACGAGGACCCGGAAUGUUGCGACUUCGUCACCAACAGAGCUUAUGCCAUCUCCUCAUCCAUCAUUUCCUUUUACAUUCCUCUUCUGGUCAUGAUUUUUGUUUACGCCCGCGUGUACAGAGAGGCGCAAAAGCAGCUGAAGAAAAUCGACAAGUGCGAGGGCAGGUUUCACAACACUUUGACGGGACAGACCUCCAAGUGCAGGAAGAGGCCGUCAAAAAUCCUUGCGCUCAGGGAGCAGAAGGCGCUCAAAACACUUGGCAUCAUCAUGGGGACGUUCACUCUGUGCUGGUUGCCCUUCUUCAUUGUCAACGUGGUGCGUGUGUUCAGCGCAGAGGUGGUGGACAAGGACCUUUUCGUGUUCCUAAACUGGUUGGGGUAUGUGAACUCAGCGUUCAACCCCAUCAUUUAUUGCCGGAGCCCGGACUUCAGGAAAGCGUUCAAGAGGCUGCUGUGCUGUCCGCGGCAGGCCGACCGCCGGCUGCACAUCAGUUCCUGCGAUCUGUCCCGGUGCUCCGGCGGGUUCGUCACCGCUCUGGAGCCCGGGACGCUGGGGAUGUGGUCUGACUGCGCGGUCUUGGACAACAGUGACAGCAGCCUGGUGGGGGGCGUGAAGCUGUCUCACUCUGAAUCCCAGCUGUGAAAAAAUAAAUAAA